AUGACGAAAAAGAAACCACAAAAAAAGUCAUCACAAUCCAACAAUAAUUCAUCAGUGCCGUCGGGAUCUAACAAUGCAGGAAAACAAUCCCUCACCGAGCACGAAAUACAAAUGGUUUUAUUGGAGGAACAAGAAAUUGAUCAAUUAUUUUCUACCAUGUCCCUGAAAAGAAAACCAAUUGCAAAGGAUGGAGCUUGUCUUUUUAGAGCCUUUUCUGAUUUGUAUUAUGGAACACAAAUUUAUCAUGAUAGAGUUAGAAAAUCAUGUAUUGAAUAUAUGAAAGAACACGAAAGUUUUUUUAAAGAUUUUAUAUUUGAAAUGGAUUUUAAUUCUUAUAUUAAAUUCAUGUCAAAAGCUACAUCAUGGGGAAGUCAAUUGGAAUUGGAAGCUUUGGCUUCAUUGUACAAGGUCAAUAUUACAGUAUAUGGUGUAAAUGGAAUCUUGACUGAACAUAGAGGAGAUCCAACUCUUGAAGCACAAGAUGUGAAAAAUCAAUGGAGUUCUGAUACUUCAAUUUCUGAUCUGAUAAGACAAAAGAAACUGGAAAAGGUUGAACCAAAGAAGAGAAAGGAAAUUAGAUUAGCGUAUUUGUAUGGAAGUCACUACGACUCUGUUUAUCCAGCAAAUGAAUUUAUGAAUACUAUCAUUGUUCAAGAUAUUAUUUAUGAUACCUUUAUGGACCCAUUUAAAAAUGAUUUAUUUCAAAAGAAGGUUGGAACCUACAAGAAUGUGGAAUAUGAUGCUUGGUUAGAUGAACUUGAAAAGAUGGAAAAGAAAUCUCUUCAAAAAGUUAAGGAAUUAUUAUUUCAGAAUGAGAAGAGUUAUGAUUUGGAUGAUCCAAGGGAAUUCCCACAACUUGCAAAACAAAGUUCAAACUCAAUUUCACCACCAGUUGCUUCAUCCUCAUCAACAGAUUCUGCAACACCACAAGAUGGUUCUGCUGAAAAUGCAGAUUCAUCCGUUACAGUAGAAGAAAAACCAGUCAAUGCUUGGUUGACUCAAGAGAAACCAAACUGGGCUUCAGUAGCUAUAACCAAACCAGUUGAAACUCAACCGGAAGCACAACCUGAAACUCAAACUAAUGGUACCACUCCAACAAUUAAUGCCUCAACAAAUAAUAAUAAUAAUGGAACUACCAAGUCAGUAAUAUCUCAAUCCCACUCAUUAACAGUCAAAAUGGAAACCAGUACUACUCAGGAAUCCUCCAACAACAAGAAAAAAGCUAAAGGAAAUCACAAAUCAAAGAAACCAAAGAACACCGAAAUAUCAAGUAAUCAACAAGUUAAACCUAAUACUAAGGAUGAUGUAUCAUUAACAAAUGAUGAAGUGAAACAGUCACCUCCAGUUGUGAAUAUUAAUAACCAAAAUAAUUCAUCUCAACAACAAUCAGUGACAAUUUCCCAACAACCACCAUUAGUUUCUCAAUUUUCUCCUCUUACUGGUUAUCCUCAACAACCAUUCUCUCCACCCCAAUUUAUGGGGCAACCUGGAGUCUUUCCUAAUCAACCUCCUUUCCUUGUCAUGAUGCCUCCCCCAGGCACUUAUCCAAUGCCUCAACAAAAUCCAAAUAAUGGAAUGAUUUUAAUUCCAACUAAUUUGGUUCCGCCAAAUUUUGUUCCUCAUUAUCCAAUGAUGCCACCAAUGCAACAUCAUGCAAAUCAAAUUGUUCCUCCACCACAGCAGCCUGUUGUUGUUCAGAAUCAUCAACCAGUUAUUCCUCAAGUUGUUACUGAACCACCUAAACCGGUCUCUGCCUGGUCCAUGCCAUUACAAUCCAAUCCAACUUCCAAUUUGACUGUUUCUUCUGUUGUAAAUUCACAACCAGUCUCUACUUCCACCUCAAGUAGUACUACACCAGCUCAAUCAACAACAAGUAAAUCAGAACCAUCAACUACACAGUCAGGCAAUAAGAAGAAUACAAGAAAGAAAAAGUAA